AUGAGCGGACCUUUAUCAUGUUCCUCUAAUUGUUCUUCGCGAAAUAGUUCUGAUGAAGGUGCAAUUCCAAGUCCUUUCUAUACCCAUUUGGACGAUGAAUGGAUAACUAAAUCAAUCUCUUCCAGUACCAGCGAGAGCGAGCUUAGUGAGCUUGUUGUAGGGAAAUACAAUCCUAUUUUAUCUGAGCGUCUGGAAAACCGCAAUUCUUUUUCCAAAGUUCCAUACGACCCGGUUGCAAGUGAUUGCGUUCCUACUGUUUUGACCGACUAUACUUUUUUCUUAAAGGAUUCAACGGAUCCUUGCUUUCUUCGCUCAGUAUACAGGACUGUCCCAAGAAACGCUAAUCAAAUUCCUUCUAGCCUGCCUUUCUCCUUGAUCGCACAUCCCUUUUCAGUCAAUAAUCCUGACUGCGUGUACAAUUGGGAAGAUGGAAAAGAAUUAUCAAUUCCAUAUUGCACGAUUUGCGGUGCUUACUUUAGUUUCCACAGCAAUGCAAUUUUCAGCGGAUCACAAUGGAAGUGCGAAUUUUGCGAUACCUGCAACAAUAUAACAGAUGAUUUUGGCUGUAUCCUUCAAGGAGUGUUGAUGGAAAAAGAAAAACUUACAACAAGCAACCUGAUGAAACCAUCAUUUGAUGCUUUGCUAAAAGAAGCUUCAGCUGAAAGUUCAUUUUUGAACAUAUUUCUAAUUGACAUAUCUCGUACAUCCGCUAAUACCGGAUUUAAACGGAAUAUUGUUGAAGCUAUCAACUUCACGCUAACAAGCGAUAAAUAUAAAGCCAAAUUUCCAAAGUCUAGGAUUCUCUUCAUUGGUUAUGAUAAUGCUUUACACUUUUAUCGUUUAUCCAAUCAAUGGGUAAACGAAACUGUUUUGGCUGAUCUGGAAGAGGAUGAAAUGGUAUUCCAUUAUGAUACUUCCAUCGAUCCAAGCCAAAAUGAGUUAGACAUAGUUCGUAUCUUAAGUCACAUUCAAAAAAGUUUGAAUGACAAGACCAACGGCUGCAAUGCUUUAUUUAGCGCUGUGAAAGUUGCAGCUAAACUCUUGGAAGAAAGGCAAGGAAAGAUACAUAUCCUUGGAUUGGACAACGCUAUGCGAAAAGGCAAGUUACUUGUGCAUACAAAAAUGCUAAUGAAUUAUAUAGAGCAUUUAUCAUUGCUAGAGAACCGAAGAAGGCAGCAAUCGUUGCAGUUGUAUACACAGCACUUAAUUGAACAUGGAAUCUCAAUAGACCUAUUUGUGUUGGAAAACGACUCGGAAAUAUACGACGACUUGAUCGAACAAUUAUGUCUAAAAACUGGCGGAAAUUACUUCUUCUAUCUGACUAGUAGUUCGGCACAGUCAACCUUAAAAGGGGAUGUAUUAGAAUCUCUGAGUGGAUUUAUUGGUACCCACGUCAAAAUCAAGGUUUCUUCUUCAAAAGGUCUCCGGGUUAAGCAAAUUAAAGCAGGAAAAGUUAGUGAUUAUCCGAAGGACAACACGCUAAUCAUUUCUGCAAUUAAUUCAGAAACCGCUAUUUAUUUUGAAAUACAACAAACCGCUAGUAUACUAAGUCAAACUGCUUCUAUCCAAGUUCUCACUUUCUACAGAACAGUUGAAAACUCAGAGAGAGUAAGAUGCCAUCAUAUACGGUUACCCAUUGUUUCAUCCAAAAAGGACGUUUUUUCUAAAGCAGAUUGUGAAACUUUAGUAGCUAGCAUGGCAAAACACGCUGCGUAUAUCUCAACUAACCAAAAUCUUAUAAAUCUUCAAAACUGGUUUUGCAAAAGGAUAGUAGACCUUCUGGUUGAAUAUGGUAGUCAACGAGGUCCAGAUUCCGAGAUAUACGGAUAUUUGCCAGAAAACUUGAAAAGUUUUCCGUCGUAUAUGAUGGCAUUGAUGAAAUCAAGAGUUUUUAUUAGCAAUCCAUCGAAAGCAGGUAGGAAUACUUUUUUCAACUUCAAAAUAAAAACAGGACAUGUUAAAGUCAUUUGCAUGAUGAUCUAUCCUGUUAUCAUUCCUCUUCACAAUAUGGGCUUUAAAUCAGGAUUUAACGAUCCAAAUUGUCAAUUGAAUAUUCCGGAGCCUACUGCUGCUUCAAGUCGAUGUAUGAAAGUUAAUGGUAUUUAUUUAUCCUUUAUACAGGGAAAGGUUUACCUGUGGACGCACGGUGGAGUCUCAGCUACUUCUUUCCGUAAUUUUUUCACUUCUGACAAAGGUCAUUUUCUUAUCCAGCAAUCAAAUUCGCAUGAAUACAAGUCGAGAUUUGCAAUACAAAUUGAGAACAUCUGCGAUUACUUAACGAAAAUUACAGAAGUCGACUUUUCUCGUGUUCAUUGCAUAUCCCAGCAAGAUAAUGGAGAAACGCAAACCGAAAUUUUAGAGUGUUCACUUGGUUUAGUUGAAGACCAACUUUUUAACUCAAUGGAUCUCGAUCAAUUUCAAAACAGCCUCAAAGCACUUGCUCAAGAAAAGAGUCAAAAUAGAGGAACAUUUUCUUCACUUAAUGCUAUAGACAUGAAAUCAUUCUUUCACAAAAUCAGGUUCCAAAAACAAGAUAUAUUCAAACAAAUUGCUUGAUCUGUGUCAUAAUAUUUGUUUGUUUAUUUUUAUUUAUAAAUAAUUGGGUUUUCAUCUUUUGAUAGUAAAUAUAACUCGUUGUUUCUCAAUGCA